AUGCGGGGCAUUGAAAGUCGGAGGGAUUGCGCAGUGCCGGGCUCCGGCCGGAGGGUGGCGCCGCCCAGCGCCUUCGGAACAAAAGCUGGAGUCGGUGGCCCCCUGCUGCACCCGAGUCCGCUCCAGAUCCGCUCCGGGUUUCCUCCGCGUCGCUGGGGUCUCCGCCCUCCGAGCCGCCGCCCUGGCCUUGCCGGAGCAUCGCCGCGGGAGCCAAGCUCACCGCCUGAACCCCGAAGCACUGGGCGUGCGAGCCCGCGCUCGGGACUGAGCCGCGGCGCAGACCCCGCGCUACAGACCGAGCCGCUGCGCAGACCCCACCUUAGCAUCCAAAUUCCGAGUUGGGACCGGACGGCGCGGCCAGGUCCCCGCGCGUCAUCGGAAUUUGACCCUCGGGGCUCUCAGGUGACCCCUCUCUCGGCACCGUUCACUGUCUGCGCGGCCGGCCCCGAUAGGCUUCUCAGCAUCCCGGCCCUGGCCGGGGCUCGGGCGAGGGUAACGAAGCUGGAAGCCAGCUGUGGUGGAGCCACCGCAGAGUCAGAGGUCCCUAAGCCGGAAAAAGAGGCCAAACCAGAUGCGGAGGGCACUUAGGGAUCCCUACCACAGGAGGUCAGGUCCAAGUCCAGGUCCAGAUCAGGGCCUGAGAUGAAGGCUGAGCCUUUGGACUUUGUGGUGGUCACAAAACGGGAGUUUGAAGAGGUGAUGGCCAUAUCCUAGGGCGUCUGAAGUGGCCUCGACUACCUUCCCAGCCGCUACCACCUCUCGCUCCGGGAUCCGGACCCCACGGCUGUGCUGGCCAAUUGCAACCGAGGAGUGGUCGAGCUGAAGACUCUGCACGUGAUCGACGUCGGGGAGACGGCGCUGGUGGAGGGGCUGCGCGUGGCGCCCAGGGAGCGCGGCAAGGGCGUGGCCGGGCAGCUGGGGCAAUUCUACUUGCAGUCGGUCAAGCGACAGCACCCGGGGGUGAAAGUGGCACUGCUCACCGGGGACAACCAACUGGGCCCCCAAGAGCUGAAGAAAUACCGCCUAAUCGCCAAGCAGAGCAUCCUGUUAGUCCAGUUCAACUCGUCGGAGCUGUGAGGAGCUCGGCUGGCGGCGCUGCGGGCCUCUGGCAUCUUCUCACCGCUGCCCACCGGGGCCGUGUCGGAGGCUGCCAGUGACAUGGCAUGCCUCCUGAUGUCGCCCUCCGUGCAGCGCGACGUGCUUCCGGGCGGGACCAUUCAGGAUUGGCAGCUCUACUGGCUGAACAAGAGCAACCUGCGCUGACUGGCGAUCAAGGGCCUGAAGUGGCGGGACUGCCUCACGUGCUCAUGCUGUGCACUGAGCCCCUUCCCCAACCUACAGGACCGCGAAGGCACAGGGCUCUACCUCUACAUCGACGCCUUCGGCAGCAACGGCGCGCAGGUGCAGAGCCAGCUUCUAUGGCAUCUGCAGAGCCAGGCCCCACGCCUCAUCAGCCUCAACGUGUGCCAGCUCUUGCUGGCGCCUCAGUUGUUGUCGCAUCUGGCUGACUUCUGCCAGGUUGGCUUAGGGCUCGAGCUGGUCAAGGGUUAUGCCGACCUACUGGAGGCUGACAUCUGAGGCCUCUCAGUUGGGAAGAAAGAAGGUGCACUUUUGAUCCACCUUCUUCCGCAGAUCCCUGGACAGCCCCGCCCCUACUGUUUUCUAGCUCCGCCCCCUCCCCCUGCCCUUUGUAACGGGCUUUGACGCCUACCUUUACCCGGUGCCCAACACUCCCCUCCCUUUUCCCCUUAUCUUUGUCUACCAUCUUGACUAGCCCCUCAAACGCUGUUGCUCACACCCUGAUCUGAACGGCUGGGUUUGGGGAAGCCAGUUGCGCUGCUGUUGUCCACACUUUCACUUUCCUCGACAAAGAAUGGGUUCCUUCACGGGCUUCAGAGCCUUUAUCAGUCCUUGCCCCCGCCUGGGAGUAAACUCUGCCCUUUCUGGCUUCUCCCUUCUUCCUCUUCGCCGUGAAUGGAAGCUGGCAGAAGUGUGUGCAAUACCCAGCACCCAGCCAGAAGCACAGUUGCUCAUUACUUUUCUUCCUCCUGCUCUUUCUCAGGCCCUCAGAGCUUUCCCCGCGCCCCUCUCCUCCGCGCCCUCUCACCCUCCUGUACCUGGACCGCUCCUAUUCCCCGUUGCCCAUUUGUCUGCCCCUCCAUUCCCCUUCCUCUUCCCCAUAACCUCUUCACUACCCACCCUGUGUGUAGUAUGCAGAAAGAGCCUGGAAAGGAAAUAGAUUUAUAAUGCCCCACCCCCAUUUAGCCCCUGCUUACACUUUUGGUGAUGCAUCUUUCUGAGGCUGCCUCCUCUGACUAGGGUUUCCUCCAACUGCAUAAUGGUGCUAUUUUGCAAUCUCCCUCCUCUGCUUCAGGGGGUUUUGGGUGGAGAGUUUGGUGUAAUGGAGGGCAGGUCCCCCAGCCUGGUGCGAGGCUGUCUCCUGGUUCUAACCAGGCUGCCUUCUAGCACAACUGGAACCCCUACUCCCAGAUAUUUCUGGACACCCCGCCCACCCACUUGUCCCUUUAUGCUUUUUGUGGACUUUGACGGUCUUCUAUUUAAAUGCAAGUAGUGACCGCUGCAUUUGCACAAUGAUGUCUCCUACACGGGAUCCUCACAUGUACCACAGAGGGAUGACAUAGAGUCUCAGAAAGAUCCAAGUGACUUCCAAGUCACUCGUAGUAGCUGGGAGCCUGACAGGGACUAGAACCAAGGUGUCCCAAGCCCAGAGCAUGCUUCAGAACCUCACUGUAUGUAACGGGGUAGCUUGAACUUCUUGUUGGACAAUGGACAGUUUCUAGGGAUUUGUUGACAGCGAGCACAGGGUUCUCUGGAGAUGGAAUCAAAGACGUGGACAGAGGAGGGCGCCAGCAGGUGAAAGAAGGUGGACAAAGAGGACAGCUCUGCUCCCCACUGUCCCCAGUUCCAGCUGUGCUGCUCUGCCUUGCUUGGCUGCCUCCUGCGCCUGGCCAUGCUGCCCUCCUCCCUGUCCCUUCAACCACAGCUAUAUUGCAAUAAAACGGCCCCUUUAGCCCA